GCGCUGAUGUGACGCCACUGCGCGCGCCGAAUCUUGUUGCCCGGCAGCGAUGGCGGCGCCUCCGGAGUCUGUGGAGGAUCCACUGCGGAGCUUUGUGCGAGUUUUGGAGAAGCGGGAUGGGUCGGUGCUACGACUGCAGCAGUAUGGCUCUGGCGGCGUGGGCUGCGUUGUCUGGGAUGCUGCCAUUGUUCUUUCUAAAUACCUGGAAACGCCCGAGUUUUCUGGCGACGGGGCCCACGCGCUGAGUCGGCGGUCGGUGCUGGAGCUGGGUUCGGGCACCGGGGCCGUAGGGCUCAUGGCUGCUACCCUCGGGGCAGACGUGGUAGUCACCGACCUUGAGGAAGUGCAAGACUUGCUGAAAAUGAAUAUUAAUAUGAACAAGCAUCUUGUCACUGGUUCUGUUCAAGCCCAGGUACUGAAAUGGGGGGAAGAAAUACAGGACUUUACUUCUCCACCAGACUACAUACUGAUGGCUGACUGCAUAUACUAUGAAGAGUCUUUGGAGCCAUUGCUGAAAACCCUAAAGGACCUCAGUGGAUUUGAGACUUGUAUUAUAUGUUGUUAUGAACAACGAACAAUGGGAAAAAAUCCAGAAAUCGAGAAAAAAUAUUUUGAGCUCCUUCAAGUAGACUUUGACUUUGAAAAAAUUCCUUUGGAAAAACAUGAUGAAGAAUAUCGAAGUGAAGAUAUUCAUAUUAUAUACAUCAGAAAGAAAAAAUCGAAAUUUCCAUCUUGAAACCUUUAGUCAUCUUGCCCGAGCCUCUAACAGCCUGGCUAAAGAUGUGAAUGGAGCAUGUGAAUACAGCAUGGGAAGAUUGUGUCCACAGAUUUUUCCAGCAUGUCCUUAGAGAUCAGAUAUGUAGAUGACAAUCGCCAUGGACUGCCUGCGAUCUGAAAAAUGCCUGCCUGCCAAUGGGCCUGAAUCCAACUUAGGUUACUUAGCUCAGCAUCAAAUUCUGCUUAAAAGAAACUGCUGGGAAUCAGACUCAAAAAUUGGUAUUGAGUUUAGAUUAAAAUCUGCCAAAAAAAAAAAAAAAAUGAGACAGCAUGAUUGACUCGACAUUUUUCAAGAAAUGAGAGAUAAACCUCGAAAAGGAUAUAUCUAUUAUUAUAAUGUUUUCAAUUCAAACCAGUAAAUUUUAAUUUGGUACAUAAUUAUGCGGUCAGUGUCAUGUGUAUCUUCCACUUUAUUUCUUUUAAAAUAUCUUUAACACUUAAGUGUUCUUUUACUUUAAAAAGAGCUGAGAAAUUGUAUACUUAUAUUGGCCAGAGUUUUAUUCUUUUCCUCUACCAUAAAUAUCUAUGUGAUUUAAUUAGUAAAUGAUACUAUAAUGAAGUGCUAAGAAAACAAACCAGGAGGUUGAAGCAACAAAAGGUAACUUUACAAGAUGUUUCAUUUGAGAAGAGCGAGGAUAGAAAGCUCAGCUUCAGACUUAAGUAUUUACAUGGCUCACGCCCUUUCCCUCAUGUAUAUCUUCCAGGAAAACUUGGCUAAAAAACACUGGUAUUAAGUUAAUGUGUUUGAAUGAAACAGUGAAAGGUUUUCUGAACUACAAAUGUAGUUCUAUAUUCAUUUACCAAAUGAAUUUUUAUUCGAUGUCAUCUCUGUGUUACAAUAAUCAUCUGCUUACAUAUACUAAUCUGUCAAGAACUUUAGUUAUACCAGUUUCAAAGAAUAGUAACUGGAUGGAAUUCUGGUACUUAUAGGCAUUGGUGCUAGAUGGCACAUCUUAGGUGUUAAAAUACACAUUGUUUUUGAGAUCCUGUGACUUUGUGACUGUUUCAGAGGUAGCUUUGAAAAAAAUGAACACUUAAAGCAGGCGACUACUCUCCAGAAAGAGCAAACAGCCUUAUUUAGAGAAUUAAGGAUCAAAGACAAGGGAACACUUCUUUCACGCUUACUUCAAUCUCUGAUGCUUGCUUCGCUCUUCUUUUCCUAUGUUUUGUUCAUACUGCCCUUUCUUUUCAUUAAGCAAUUUAAGUUUGCCUUUGACUGAUUAUAGUAGUCCAUCCAGGAUCCUCAAAUGCCUUUUCACCCUGCUCCACUGUUUACACCCUCCUUUCACUCUACUUUUAAUAUGCCUGUGGGCCUUCAGCCUGAAGUGUCCCUUGACUUUGCUGUAGGAAAGCCCAGCUCUUUUGUCUUGGACAGGUAAGACUUCCAUUCCAAAAUUUCCUGGAGGAAUCAGGCUGAAGUCAGCCCCUAUGCAAUUUCCUGCAAUUGCGCCCUUGUUUGACUUCCCCCUUUCCACUAUCCUGCUGUUCCCACUCUUUUAUUAUCCCCUCCUUAAUAAAUCGUUUGCAUAUGUUCA